AUGUCCUCUCACAUCAUGUCAAUAGGACACAUGUCCUCUCACAUCAUGUCAAUAGGACACAUGUCCUCUCACAUCAUGUCAAUAAGACACAUGUCCUCUCACAAUAUGUCUAUAGGACACAUGUCAACUCACAUCAUGUCAAUAGGACACAUGUCCUCUCACAUCAUGUCAAUAGGACACAUGUCCUCUCACAUCAUGUCAACUCACAUCAUGUCAAUAGGACACAUGUCCUCUCACAAUAUGUCUAUAGGACACAUGCCAACUCACAUCAUGUCUAUAGGACACAUGUCCUCUCACAUCAUGUCAAUAGGACACAUGUCAACUCACAUCAUGUCUAUAGGACACAUGUCCUCUCACAUCAUGUCAAUAGGACACAUGUCCUCUCACAUCAUGUCUAUAGGACACAUGUCAACCCACAUCAUGUCAAUAGGACACAUGCCCUCUCCCAUCAUGUCAAUAGGACACAUGUCAACCCACAUCAUGUCAAUAGGACACAUGUCAACUCACAUCAUGUCAAUAGGACACAUGUCCUCUCACAUCAUGUCAAUAGGACACAUGUCCUCUCACAUCAUGUCAAUAGGACACAUGUCCUCUCACAUCAUGUCAAUAGGACACAUGUCCUCUCACAUCAUGUCAAUAGGACACAUGUCCUCUCACAUCAUGUCAAUAGGACACAUGUCAACUCACAUCAUGUCAAUAGGACACAUGUCCUCUCACAUCAUGUCAAUAGGACACAUGUCCUCUCACAUCAUGUCAAUAGGACACAUGUCCUCUCACAUCAUGUCUAUAGGACACAUGUCCUCUCACAUCAUGUCUAUAGGACACAUGUCCUCUCACAUUAUGUCUAUAGGACACAUGUCAACUCACAUCAUGUCAAUAGGACACAUGUCCUCUCACAUCAUGUCAAUAGGACACAUGUCAACUCACAUCAUGUCAAUAGGACACAUGUCAACCCACAUCAUGUCAAUAGGACACAUGUCCUCUCACAUCAUGUCAAUAGGACACAUGUCCUCUCACAUCAUGUCAAUAGGACACAUGUCCUCUCACAUCAUGUCAAUAGGACACAUGUCCUCUCACAUCAUGUCUAUAGGACACAUGUCCUCUCACAUCAUGUCAAUAGGACACAUGUCCUCUCACAUCAUGUCUAUAGGACACAUGUCCUCUCACAUCAUGUCAAUAGGACACAUGUCCUCUCACAUCAUGCCAAUAGGACACAUGUCCUCUCACAUCAUGUCAAUAGGACACAUGUCCUCUCACAUCAUGCCAAUAGGACACAUGUCCUCUCACAUCAUGUCAAUAGGACACAUGUCAUCUCACAUCAUGUCAAUAGGACACAUGUCCUCUCACAUCAUGUCUAUAGGACACAUGUCCUCUCACAUCAUGUCAAUAGGACACAUGUCCUCUCACAUCAUGUCUAUAGGACACAUGUCCUCUCACAUCAUGUCAACAGUACCGCUGGAGCCCCUUGUAUGA